AUGGCGAUGGAUGAGGAACACAUUCCAGCCUGUGAGGUAGGCAGGAAAAGCGGCGACGAGAUCGAUCAUAUCAAGUCCGAACCUCAAGAAACGGGAUUCUCCCCGAUCACCGACUCAAAGUCCAGUGAGGAACACCAUGACGCAGCGAUGGAAAAACGGCUAUCGAGACGCUCGCGGUCACGAUCUCAAUCUCUUGAACGGAGUUGGUCGUUGAAUGAUGGUGUGAGUAUCGGCGGGAAUGAGCUACAAGACGAGGCCGACGAAGCGGGGCAAGAUGCAGAUGAUGAUCAGGGGUUUACGGUACGCUGGGAGGAAAAUGACCCCAUGCAUCCGCAGAAAAUGAGUAUGGCGAGGCGCUGGAUGAUUGUUCUCAUUGUCUCGUGUGGUUCGCUUUGCGUAACGUGCACGUCCUCCAUGUAUACAACGACGUAUGAUCAGUUGAUGAAGGAGUUCAAAUGUUCGCAAGAAGUGGCAACGCUGGGAUUGUCAUUUUUCAUCUGGGGCCUUGGAAUCGGUCCUCUUUUUCUCAGUCCACUGUCUGAGUUCUUUGGCCGACGGAGAAUAUACAUCGUAUCCUUUACCCUGUUUUUGAUCUGGCUCAUUCCAUGUGCAGUGGCGAAAAACAUUGAAACUAUGUUGGUUUGUCGGUUCAUCAAUGGCCUAGCCGGAAGCGCUUUUCUCAGCGUUGCUGGUGGCACCGUGGGCGACAUGUUCGAUCGACAUGAACGGGGGUUCCCCAUGAUGGUUUAUACUGCCAGUCCAUUCAUCGGGCCUGAAGUCGGGCCGUUAGUCGGUGGCUUUAUUAACGAAUUUGCGAACUGGCGUUGGACUUUUUAUGUCUUGUUGAUUUGGACGGCUGUGCUGCUUGUUUCAAUGAUUUUCUUGGUACCGGAGACUUAUCAUCCUGUACUUUUGAGACACAAGGCCCAGAAGCUCCGAAAAGAAACCGGAGAUGACCGAUACAUCGCCCCAAUUGAGAGAAUGCACCGAUCUGUGGCUCAUACAGUCCUGGUAUCUAUGUAUCGCCCCAUUCUUCUGUUGGCACUAGAGCCCAUGUGCUUAUGCCUUUGCGUCUUCUCUGCAAUCUUGCUGGGAAUUCUUUACCUUUUCUUCGGUGCUUUUCAGUUGAUCUUCGAACACGUUUAUGGAUUUUCAUUGUGGGAAAGGGGCCUGUGCUUCAUGGGUAUCUUUGUCGGCAUGAUUAUUGCAAUUUCUUCGGAUCCGCUCUGGCGUCGUAACUACAUGCGACUGGAGCGCAAGUACGAAGAAAAGAUACAGACGGAAAACAUAAUCCAACCUGAAGAGUUUCAGCCAGAAUGGCGACUACCAUCAGCAAUCCUUGGUGGACCUUUGGUCACUAUCGGACUCUUCAUGUUUGCCUGGACCGUCUAUUCUCACGUGCACUGGAUCGCCCCUAUAAUCGGCAGUGCAGUUUUUGGAGCAGGAGUCAUAUUGGUGUUUACGGGUAUCUUUACGUUUCUGGUGGAUGCCUAUCCAACAUUUGCUGCCAGCGCUCUAGCAGCGAACAGCUUUAUGCGCUCAAGCUUUGGAGGGAUCUUUCCUCUAUUUGGUAUCCAGAUGUAUAACAAACUUGGAUACCAUUGGGCAACUUCGCUGCUCGCCUUUUUAACCUUGCUCAUGCUUCCUUUCCCAUACGUAUUUUUUCAAUAUGGGAGUCGUCUUAGGAAGAAGAGCAAGUUUGCUACCCACCAGACGUGA